AUGGACGGUGGUGAUAGAAUUUUAGUAGCCGCGGGGCUAACCGCCGCGGUUGUGGUUGGAGCCUUUGUAUUAUGGGGUCCAGGUGGAGCUCCAAAAGUUCGAAAGCGUCGAGGUCAGAUAGCAGGAUUGCAGAACUUGGGAAGGACGUGCUUCUUAAAUACAUUAUUACAGGCCCUUGCUGCCUGUCCUACAUUUAUUGACUGGCUUAGGAAGUAUGCUAAGGCCGAUGGACAUAACAGUAUGAUUACGACGUUGUACACAGUUAUUGAAGUUGUAAAUGGUACCCAUGAAUCAGCAAGAGGGACUCCAGUAUGUCCUCUAGGAGUGUUGCAAGCAUUAAGAGGAGCAGGCUGGGUUGUUCCAGCAGAUCAGCAAGAUGCCCAUGAAUUAUUGUAUGUUUUGUUAUCAUGUGUAGAAGAAGAGACUGCCGCAAUGGCAAAAAAGCCUGGUUGCCUCUCCGACGCCCUGGGUCUAGGCGGUGGUAGGGCGUGGUCUGCACUAGCGUCCCCGGCCUCGCCACCUUCAGCGCCUCUGUCUCUGCGGGACGGUAUGGCGAGGCCGGCCCGACCGGCGUCUGCUGCUCCGCCUGGAGAACCCGAACUCGCUGAUCCAGAGGAGCCUUUACCGGAGCCCCCGCGGCUGUCUAAGGGCGUGUCGCGGUCCUUCUGCCACCUGAGCUCGGUUGGACGGCGUUGGGCGGCCGCGCCCGCACGCCCCGCGCCUCAGCCACCCACGCGCGGCACGCUCGCCUCGCGCACGCACUGCACCGUGUGUAAUACUAAGAGUCCAGUGCGGUACGACAAGUUCGACAGCGUCACUCUGUCGAUGGCCAACGCUACCGUCGGCCGCUCCGGCUCAUAUAGCUUAUCAGGUCUGCUGCGCGCGUUCACAGCGCCCGAGCUGGUGAAGGGUCUGCGCUGCUCCAAGUGCUCGGAGAAGAACGGCUCCGAAUCGCCCACCGGCGGCGACUCCAACCAGAACUCUAAACACAUACGGACAGUUAAUUUUGGAAAGCUGCCGGCGUGCCUGGUGCUGCACAUCGCGCGCGUGGAGUGGCGCGGUGGCGGGCCCGCCAAGCGCGGCGACCACGUGGCCUUCGCCGAGACGCUCUCCAUGGCGCCCUACGCGCAGCAGCAGCGCCCGCAGACGGAGCUGUCGGCGCUGCUUGGGUCGGGGCGGCUGCGCGGCGGGCUGUCGGUGCUGAGGGCGGAGGCGCCCGAGCGCGCGCUGUACCGGCUGGCCGCCGUGGUGGUGCACGUGGGCGGCCCGCGCUCCGGGCACUUCGCCACUUACCGACGUGGCAACGGCUUCGAGAGCAAGCGCUGGUGGUACACGUCGGACACGCUGGUGCACGAGGUGUCGCUGCAGGAGGUGCUGCGCUGCGCCGCCUACAUGCUGUUCUACGAGCGCACGGCGGAACCCGCGCCCGCGCCGCCGCCCCUCACCACGCACUUC